AUGACUGUAUUGGUGGUGCGUGCUUCUGAGCUUGCUCUUAAUACUCUGUUAAAGGAUUAUCGGGGCGCGGGUGUUUGUUUUGAACAUCGGGGUGCAUUUGUGAAUGACGGUCUUUUAUUGACGCGACACAAGGGCGCAGAGCAGGUGUCGGUGACAUAUAAAAGGGUUUUUAGGACUUUGUUUGAGCAUUUUAUUUGUGUGGGUGACAAAAAGAGGAGACAGAAAUACAUAGGCAAGGGGGCGGGGUUUCAUCACGAAACAGACGGAACGGAAGGAAUUUGUCAACGCAUCGCGCUGCUUUUUUAUUUUAUUGUUUGUGGAUUGGCUUUUUUUUCUGUGGAAGAGGGUGCGUGCGAGCGGCGACUGUGCACCAGUGUGGAUGUGAUGGUGGUGAGUGAAACGGCAUUUCUUUCCGGGAUCACGGGUGAAAACGUGCUUUUGCGGAGCUGUGGGCAUGGAUGA